GUCUUUUUGACGUUUCCCAUUUUUCGAUCAAAAUAUUCAAGAGUAUUUUUUUGUAAAAUUUGUCUUUUUCGCAGACAGAGCUCCUUCAGAGACACUUUUGUGUGAUAUUCGCGAUGGGAAACUGGACCGCUCGAUACAUAACUAACCCUGAAGGAACUCCAGAUGGAUCAACACCGCCAUCCUUUGAUCCAAUGUACGGAUUUCCAAAUGGUCGGAAAGAAAGAGUGAUGAUUGCUACUGAAAAAGAAAUGGUUGCUGCGAAGAUCCCCGUGGAGAAUAGAGAUUAUUGUGCACACAAAUUGAUCGAUUACAAACAAUGCCGACAAGAAGUUUGGCCAUGGACCUAUCAGUGCGCUCAUGAGAAACACGCGUAUCUUACCUGCCAAUAUGAAGACUACAUUAUCAGAAUGAAGGAAUAUGAACGUGAAAAGCGUCUCUUGAGAAGAAAUCAAAAUAUUCAAGGACAUGUAUAAGUUAUAAAAGAACUUGAAUGUCUUAAAUUUUAGUCAAAAAAGUUCUUUUUUUUCACAACAUCUCCAAAUUACAGCCUCCUUCAAAAUAAUGUUGAUUUAAAUGCAACUGUAAUAAAUAAUCGGAAAUUAAUUAGA